UAGCCUCAUAGGUAACAAUGUAAUGUUUUUGAUUUUACAUUAGCGAUUAGAUUAGAUUUUAUAAAAUGAGUGAUUUUAUGAAUGCUACGGAAGCAGCUUCGCUGGCUGUUACAUUCGAUCAAGCCAGACAAGCUGAUAAAGCUGUUGAAUGCUAUCGUACCGCUGCGAGAUUAUUAGACCGAGUCUGUGAUCAUGUGUCGCCUGAAAGAAAAGCAGAUAUUCGAAAAAAGGUUAAGGAGUAUCUUGAAAGAGCUACGUUCUUGCAAGAACAAAAAGAUAGAGCACAACAAGAAGAAAGUGAACGAAUAAUGCAGAAAUGUUAUUUCUUGAUGCAGCAAGCACUAGACGCGGAUGAAGCAAAUUUACAAGAUCUAGCUUUGCAGUUGUACACGCAAGCUGUAGAAUUGGCAGUCAGUGUUAAAGUAAGUAAUUCUGAUAUAAAAACGAGAAUAAAUGGAUUAGCCAAGCAGGCGUUAGAUAGAGCUGAGGAAAUAAAAGGAAUUAAAAAGAUUGGUUCCGUAUCUAUAAAUGAAACAAGCAAACCAGCUGUAUCAACAAACAAAGCGCAGCUACAACGUGAACAAAGCGUACAAUUAAAAGUCAGCGGUAAACAAGUUUACACAGAGGAAGAGAAAGAAGUACUACGUAUGACGUCAAACAUAAACAACAAUUAUUUCUUACCGUUUAUGGAUGUGGAUUUAUCUGAGAAAUUUCAGUAUGCUUUGCCCUUUGAAGAUAGGGCAAGUGAACUAAAGUUGUCAUCGAAGCAAGCCAAAGAGUUUGAUGGGUGGGUUCGUCCCCAUGAAUUGUCAAGUGAUCCUAAGAUGAUUGUUGGCGAUCAUGUCGAUUGUUUUAGUAUAAAACAAACGGUAGUGUCAGAUUGUUCAUUCGUGGCAUCGUUAGCAGUGAGCGCGUUAUACGAAAGACGGUUUAACAAAAAAAUUAUUACAUCCAUAAUCUAUCCUAAAAAUAAAAAUAAGCAACCCGUUUAUAAUCCGUUUGGUAAAUACAUGGUUAAAUUGCAUUUGAAUGGAGUAAGGAGGAAGAUUAUAAUCGACGAUAGAUUACCGUAUAGUAAAUAUGGACGCUUGUUAUGCUCUUAUUCAAGUAACAAGAAUGAGUUUUGGGUAUCCAUGUUGGAGAAAGCCUACAUGAAAGUAAUGGGAGGAUACGACUUUCCUGGAUCUAAUAGCAACAUAGAUCUACACGCACUAACAGGUUGGAUACCAGAGCGUUGUGCGAUACGUCAAGGCGAAGCCGACUUCAAUGCGGAUGCCCUCUAUGAAAUUAUCAGAUCCCGACUUGAAAGGGGGGAGGUUCUAGCCACUGUGGCUACUGGACCCUUAAAUGAUGAUGAGGCAGAGAGAACAGGGUUGGUAGCCACACAUGCGUACGCUGUAUUGGAUGUAAGACUUGUCAAUGGUGUAAAACUGCUAAAGCUCAAGAACCCCUGGUCCCAUUUACGCUGGCGUGGUAAUUAUAGUGAACUGGAUACAGUCCACUGGACAUCCGAUUUAAAGGCUCAACUAAACUACGACCCAGAUAGCGCUGCUCAAUAUGAUAACGGUGUCUUCUGGAUAGAUUACGCCAGCAUACUAAAUUUCUUUGAUGUUUUUUAUCUUAAUUGGAAUCCAGAACUAUUCAAAUACACGUAUUGUAUACAUCAGAAAUGGGACGCCGGUAACGGUCCGGUAAAAGACGCGUAUAACAUAGGUGAAAAUCCCCAAUUCACACUACACGUACAGGGCAAGGGGGCGGUGUGGCUGUUACUUACUAGACACAUUACUCAAAUUGACGAUUUUCGGGACAAUAAAGAGUAUAUCACGCUUUUGGUAUAUAAAAACGGACGGCGGGUUUACUAUCCUUACGACCCCCCACCUUACAUAGAUGGCAUCAGAAUCAACAGUCCCCACUACCUCUGCAAGAUAAUUGUAGGAGAUAACACAUGUGACAGAUACACCCUCGUUGUGUCUCAGUAUGAGAAGACUAGAACAAUAUUCUACACCCUAAGGGCGUACGCUACUUGUCCCUUCAAUAUGGCGAAGAUAGAGCCCUAUCCGUAUACUAAAACUAUUAGAGGCGAAUGGUCGGGCAGAACCGCCGGAGGCUGUGAAAACCAUCGCCAGACUUAUCCAAAUAAUCCUAAAUUUGUCGUAACAAUCCCUGAUAGUCGUAACCCAUGCCAUUUAGUGGCAGAACUCAAGGGGCCAAAACAAUACCAGAUGGGUAUAGACGCUAAGGUUGAAAGUUUGGACGAUCCAAAUGUAACUGCGCCGUUUUUGAGGGAAUCUUCUGGACCUUAUAGAUCCGGUUUCGUGGUGCUCGAACUACACAACCUACCCGCCGGUCGGUAUAUAUUAACCCCCUCAACUUUCUAUCCGGGUCAAGAAGGCCCCUUCUUUCUAGAACUUAAAUCGACUUGCGAAAUAACGUGUGAAGCUCGCAACUAGAUAACGUGCAGGAGAGAGAAUAUUUGUCUCUUAAGAAAUGAUGUAUUUUAAUUAUUUUUGGGUGGUACUGAUGUCAUAUCAAAUAUAAUGAAAGAUAGAAAAAGUAUAAUAAAGACUAAAGUAACUUAACAUGUUACAAUACGAGUUGAACUGCGA